AUGGCUCUGCAAGGAGAACGACAGUCUAAUGAAAGGAAGCCUUUUAUAACUUUUUCACAGUUUUUAAUUUCUGCUGGACAGUUACGAUCACCCCAGGCACUUAGACAUUCUAAAGUACCUUACUAUGAGGUUGAAAUACUAGACACUGAAAGCAAAAAACAGAUAUGUGUUGUAGAUAAGGUGCACCCAUCAUCUACUCUUCUUGAUAUCAAACAAAAAUUCUGUCAAGCUUGUCCCCAAUGGUACCCUUCAAGAGUUGGCCUUCAUUUGGAGUUUGGCCUUCCAUAUCUGAAGGAUUCAACAGUCAUUCAAAAUAUUGCAGCAUCCUCCAUAAUUACUUUGUACUUUACUGACCUGGGACAACAAGUCAGCAGAACCACAGUUUUUCUUACAGAAUAUUCGGGCCCUUUUUUAAUCUACCUGCUAUUUUACGUUCGUCUCUCACAUAUUUAUGGUCAAGAAGAAAUAUAUUCUGAUAUUCGACACCCUGUGGAACACUUGGCAUGCUUCUGUCACUGUUUACACUACAUCAGAAUUCUCCUGGAAACCUUAUUCCUUCACAAGUUUUCUGGCGAACACACUCCCUUAAAAAAUAUGAUUAAGGUUUGUGCCUUUUCUUGGGGAUUCACGUGUUGGCUGGCAUACUAUAUCAACCAUCCCCAAUAUACCCCACCAUCAUUUGGCGACACUCAAAUUAUUUUGUGUUUCAUAUUUUUUCUGAUUUGUGAAGCUGGGAAUCAUUACAUCAAUGUGGCCCUAGUCCAACCACGCCAUAGCGGAAACAAAGCCUGCUUUCCAAAACCAACGUGCAAUCCUUUUACAUGGUUAUCUACCUUGGUUUCCUGUCCAAACUACACCUAUGAGAUUGGCUCAUGGCUCAGCUUCACAGUAAUGACUCAGACUGUUCCAGUUGGUGUGUUUACAUUUUUGAUGACCAUCCAGAUGGUUUUAUGGGCGAAAAAGAAACAUCAGAUAUAUUCUACAAAGUACAGCAAUUAUCUGCAAGGAAAAACAGCUAUUAUUCCAUUUAUAGUAUAA